AUGCAUCUGGAGAGGUGCCAGAGCGAAGAGGCUGCCAGUCUCACUGGCACCAGGGAGCGACUGAGGGGUGCGGUGCCUUGCUCAAGGGCACCUCGGCAAGUCCCUAGACUGAGCCCCUGCUGCCCCGUGGCGUCAUAUCUCAUCAUGCUCAUCAAACCCAGCAUCAAACCCAGCAUCAAACCCAGCAUCAAACCCACCAUCAAACCCAGCGUCGAACCCAGCAUCAAACCCAGCAUCAAACCCACCAUCAAACCCAGCAUCAAACCCAGCAUCAAACCCAGCAUCAAACCCAGCAUCAAACCCAGCAUCAAACCCAGCAUCAAACCCAGCGUCGAACCCAGCGUCGAACCCAGCGUCGAACCCGGCAUCGAACCCAGCGUCACACCCAGCGUCGAACCCGGCAUCGAACCGAAUAUCAAACCCAGCAUCAAACCCAGCAUCAAACCCACCAUCAAACCCAGCGUCGAACUCAGCGUCACACCCAGCGUCGAACCCAGCGUCGAACCCGGCAUCAAACCGAAUCUCAAACCCACCAUCAAACCCAGCAUCAAACCCAGCGUCGAACCCACCAUCCAACCCAACAUCAAACCCACCAUGAAACCCAUCAUCAAACCCAGCAUCAAACCCAGCAUCAAACCCAGCAUCAAACCCAACAUCAAACCCACCAUCCAACCCAACAUCAAACCCACCAUCCAACCCAACAUCAAACCCACCAUGAAACCCAUCAUCAAACCCAUCAUCAAACCCAUCAUCAAACCCAGCAUCAAACCCACCAUGAAACCCAUCAUCAAACCCAGCAUCAAACCCAGCAUCAAACCCAACAUCAAACCCAGCAUCAACGAGACAUCAGGUCCUCUUUCUUCUUCUUUCUGA